AUGCUCGAGUCUAUCAGUGGUGUUGAGAUUGCUGUUAUUGGUGGUUCUGGUCUUUACAAUCUCGACAACCUCAAAGUUGUUGGUGAGAUCAACCCUCUUACUCCAUGGGGAUAUCCUUCUGACCAUAUUGUCAUUUCAGAGACUCCCAAUGGUACAAAGAUUGCCUUUCUUGCCCGCCAUGGCAGAGGCCACUAUCUCACUCCCUCGGAUGUACCCAGCAGAGCCAACAUUGCAGCCCUCAAGCACAUUGGGGCAAGGGUUAUUAUUGCCUUUUCUGCUGUUGGCUCUCUUCGUCAAGAGAUCCCUCCAAGAGACUUUGUUCUCCCUGAUCAGAUUAUUGAUCGCACAAAGGGCAUUCGUCCAUCAUCGUUCUUUGAAAAGGGUGCUGUUGGCCACGUUUCCUUUGGUGACCCAUUCUCUAACGAUCUUGGCGAUCUGAUUUAUAGUCAACGUGCUGCGUGUCCUGCUGGCGUUACUGUCCAUCACAAAAAAACACUGGUUUGUAUGGAAGGUCCCGCCUUUUCUACUCGUGCCGAGUCGCAUAUGUACCGAUCGUGGGGUGGUGAUGUAAUCAACAUGUCGGUUCUUCCUGAAGCCAAGCUUGCUCGUGAGGCUGAGAUGGCAUAUCAAAUGAUCUGCAUGUCGACCGACUAUGACUGCUGGAGGGUUGAAGAGCAAGUUGUGACUGUUGAAACUGUCAUGGGUAACUUGAAUGCCAAUGCUCAGACUGCCAAACAACUGCUUCUUGCUGUUAUCCCCGUACUUGAGGAGGCUUUAAAAAAUAAGACACUCGAGAGUGUCAAAGCCUUGGAGAAUUCAUCUGCAUUUGCUGUCAUGACUGCUAAACCCAAACGGUGUCCUGAGGCCAUGAAGAAACUAGCUUAUAUUCUUCCCAAUAUUAACAAUUAGUCUCGUUUUUAUGAAAUAAAUCUACGUUUAUGUUGGCC